AUGAACUUAGGUGAAAGAGAAUACUUGGUUUCGGAGGAUAUUGACAAUGACAAAAUUCCGGCAACAACAUCAGAUGACGUGUUAAAUCCUCACAUUCCACAGUUUAUCGCAAAAGCUCCUUGGUAUGUAAGUCAGAAAGAAAGCAGCUUAGAACACCAAAGACUUAAAACUAAUGAGGAGAGAUGCGAUUUGGAUAGCGGUACGAAGAGAGGAGUACUUAGGGAGAUUCAUGUCAAGUAUAGGAAAGGAGCUUGCACAAAUUGCGGUUCGAUGACUCACCAGGCACGUGAUUGUUUAGAACGUCCAAGAAAAAUAGGGGCCAAGUGGAGUAAUGUGGAUAUUUGUCCUGACGAGAUCAUUCCAGAAGUAAAAAAAACAAAAAAUCUGGAUGAAAAGAGGGAUAGAUGGAAAGGAUUUAGGCCUGAGGACUACAAGCCAAUAAUUGAGCAAUUUGAGGCAGUGGAAGAAUUAGCAAGAGAAAAGAGGGCGAAAAAAGUGGAAGAAUCUUUGUCAAAAAAUAAGGAUGACCCUACAGGUAAAAAUGAGGAAUUAUAUCAAGAAAAGGAUGAGCUAAAACUAGGAGACUUUGAUGAAACAACUUUUGGUACUUCAUCAGAUAAGACUAGGACGAAUAUAAGGAACUUGAGAAUCAGAGAAGAUACUGCAAAGUACUUGCGUAAUUUGGAUCUGAAUUCUGCUUUUUAUGAUCCAAAAAGUAGAUCAAUGAGAGAAGACCCACUUCAUAAGUCUUCAAAUAUUGGGAAUACUUAUAGAGGGGAUAACGCAAUAAGGAAUUCUGGAGAUGUAUCAAAGAUACUUCUUAUGGAGGCUUUUGCAUAUAAUAAAUAUAAACAAGGAGAAAGCAUUCACUUACAGGCAUUGCCGACCAGAUCUGAAAUGCUAUAUAAGUCAAGUAUAUCAAACAAAGAUAGCGAAAAUCUCAAGAAGUUAGAAGAAUUUUCAAAAAGAUAUGAAGGAAAUAGUCGGUCCAGUACUUCAAAGUUAGAAUUGAAUGAAAGGCCAACUGUCGUUGGCGACUUAAGUGGCUUGAAUACAAAACCCACAAAAAAGUUUGUGUCCUCAAUUUAUGUUGAAGACGAAUAUAUAUCAAAUCACACCCAAAUUUGGGGCUCUUUUUAUGAUUUGGAGACCAAAAAAUGGGGUUUUAGGUGUUGCAAACAAACAUGUAGAUUUUCAAAAUGUACAAAUGUUUAG